AUGCUUCUGUCUCUCUCUCCCUUUCUAUCUCUACUUCACACUGUUAUCUCGCUUUCUACCCACUUUAUCAUUCUUCCUUUCUCUGUAUUUACCUGCCACCCUACUCUCUCAAUCUUUUCCUUUUUAUUUCACGUGCUGACACUCUUCUUUUCGUAUUCCUCACUUUCUCUUCCUCCCACUUUCUUAUUCUCUCUUUCUCUGUCUCCUUCUACCACCCUCUUAUUCCGUUUAGUUCUAAUUUCGUUUACUUUUCCUUUCUUUGUAUUUACUUCCCCCCCCCCACAUUUUUCUUUAUUCUUAUCUUUUUUUCUAGUUUCCAUUUCGCCUCCUCACAGGAUUUUCUCCUUAAUUCCUCUCAUUGUUUCUCUCUCGGUUACUUACAUUCUUAUCCUUACUCACUCUCAGCUAUCCCCCUCAUCUGCUCCUUCACUUGCUUUCCUUAUGCCUUACACCCACCCUCUCAUUCUCUCUCAUGAUGGCGCUAAUAAUUGUCUUUCUCUUUCUAGCCUGUUCAGUUUCUUAAACAUUUUCCUCGCUUUACUUGUACUUUUUCCUUUUAUGUCUCUUUUUUUCUCUCUCCCUCUUCUAUUUCUCUCUCUCUCUCUUCAGUAUUUCUCUUUCUCUCUAUUAACCCUAUUUCUAUUUUCUCUCUCUCUCUCUCUCUCUUCUCUUUCCUUUCCGGUUUCCCCCCUUCUUCAUCCACUCUUCACCAUUUCUCGCCAUAUCUUACAUCUCAACACGGUCGAAUCACUACCCGAAGCAAUGUUUAGAGGCCAUGCUUUUUAUGUCAAUAAGUGUCAUGUGCAAUUACUUUCGCAUCAUAAAUUCCAUUUAACAUAA